UAUAUAUAUAGUGUGUGUGUGUAUAGUAUAAAAGGGCAUUGGAAAUAAAAUGGGUAAAUCAGUUUUGUCUGUUUUCUGUAUCUGUUUUAAAUCUUUUUAUAGUUGACAAAAGUUGUCUUUGGAAGUGAUUGGUGAGCAUCUGGAGAUAUUUUUAUGGAGUGGCUAUUUUUAGAUCUCUACUAGAGCGAGUUUAAUAAUGUAUCACUUCGUGUGGUGUAAGAUCUUCCCCCCAGUCUCUAAUAUGCUGGAGAGUAUCUUUAAGUUUCUCUCUUUUUAAAAUGAGACAACAAAAAAGGCUUCAAGGAAACAAGCUUCAAGAUUACAAAUGAGAGAUUUGUGUUGAAUCGAGCAGGGCGCCAACUCCUUCUCUGACGAAAAGAAAGUGUUUCAGAAACUCUGAAGGCUGUAGAGGAAGCGUGUUCGUGGCUGGUGGGCAUUCAGCUUCUUCUCUGUCCUUCUGGUUUCUGACCCUGGAUCCUCCUCAUUUUCUGUUCUCUAGAAAAUAAAUGUCCGUAAGAACUUCAUUGCUCUUGGGUUCUUUGGCAGCAUGAGUUCUAGUGGGACAGUUUCCCUUCGAUGGAGGAGGGCCGAGGCAUGACCUCUAAAUGCAGCAGCGGUUGCCUGCCCACCUUCUGUGUGCUGUUACAGGUGUGCAUGAUGAAGACAGCUUUGUGCAGAUGCCGUUCUAAUUGUUUCUGUUCACCUGUAGACGUGCUUGUGUGGAGCAACGAUCGAGUGAUUCGCUGGAUCCUCUCAAUUGGUCUUAAAGAAUAUGCAAACAAUCUGGUGGAGAGUGGCGUUCACGGUGCACUUGUGGCCUUAGAUGAAACCUUCGAUUUCAGUGCACUGGCGCUCUUGUUACGGAUCCCUAAGCAGAACACACAGGCUCGCGCUGUCUUGGAAAGAGAAUUUAACAACCUUUUGGUCAUGGGGACGGACAGAAGGUUUGAUGAAGACCAUGAUAAAAGCUUUAGGAGAGCACCUUCUUGGAGAAAAAAAUUUAGACCAAAGGAUGUUCGUGGCUUAGCUGCUGGGUCCGCAGAGACUCUCCCCGCCAACUUCUGGGUCACCUCCUCUCUGUCCUCACCCUCCAUGCAGCCAAAGAAGACGCAGCUGGACGGCAGCGUGUCGGGAGCGCAGAGGCUGGACGCCGACACGGUCAGGACUUACUCCUGCUGAAGCCCCGUGUUUACCCACACUACUUCUACAGAUGACCGCGCAGCGCUCGGGACCCGGCGAAGACGGCCUUUCAGAAUUCAGUGGAUCUGCAAUCUGUUGAUACUUGUUAUAUGGACCCUAAGAUAUUUUAUUACAGAGUUUUUAAUUAGUGAAAAAUUCACGAAUACCAUAGAGAAAAUAUUUUAGAAUUUAAUGUUUCUUAUAUUUAUGUAAACAUAUGACUUCAUUUAUAUAGUUACUUACUUUUUCAUGUAUAUCCAGGCUAUAAAUAUCCUUUCAAAUCGAUUCUGUUCUUCUAUCUAAUUUUAGUCUUUCAAACGAAUGUACUGUAAUGCUUGUAUGUAUAAAUCCUAUGAAAAGAUACAGGGCUUUUGUAAAUUAUGCAUUUAUUGUAAUUAUCAUUAAUUUUUUAAUAAUAAUCGGCCAGAGAGAAGAGGAUUUUACUGCAUUUGCAUUUGUAAGAUCAUCAUGACAUGGUGCGCGUUAUCCUGACAAAUGUAACCAGCUCUACAACAAUCAUUUUGAAACAAGCAGACUUAAUUU